CCACCUCAAAUAAAAACACGACGACCGGCGACCGCACCCAGCCGACUCGCUCCACUACACUCUGAGCACGUGUGCUCGGAGCACCUGAUAUCAUAUCACUACCAGUCCAGUGUAUCCACCAGCUUUACGCAGCGGCGGCCAUGCCGCUCUCGGCGGCGGCGACGGAAGCCGCCAUCAAGCCGAUACCGCGAGCGCUCUCCAUCACGGCGGCGGCGGCCGCCGCGGUCACGACGUCCCUCCUCCUCAUCUCCGCCGUCGUCUCCCGCGCCCGCCCCGACCCGCCCUCGCCUCCCCCGUCCACCAGCGCCUCCACCACCGCCGCGCUUCCUCCGGCGCCCGAACCCUCGCCGCUCCUCCCGGACCACCCGCGCCCCCCGCCAUGCCCGCCCAACGCCUCCCACCUCACCCCCUGCCACGAACCUCCUCCUUCCGGCGAGCGCCACUGCCCCCCGCCCCCGCCGCCUCCUCAUCCGCCGCACUCGCCCGACGACCCGCCGCCUCACCCCCCGCACUCGCCCGACGACCCGCCGCCUCACCCCCCGCACCCUCCGCCGCCGCCGCCGCACUGCCGCGUCCCGCCGCCACCCGGGUACCACCCGCCCCCGCCGUGGCCCGUGCGGCGGGAGCGGGCGCGGUACGCCAACGUGGAUCUCCCGCUUCUUACCGCGGCCAAGACGGCGCCAUCCGGGUCCCUGGACCCGGCGCGCGCGCGCGGGGAGUGGCUGGUGUUCCCCAAGGGCGUGGGCACUUACGUCGAGAAGCUGGAGCGCGUGGUGCCGCUCCGCGGCGGCACGGUGCGAACGGCGCUCGACGUCGGGUGCGGAGUCGCCAGCUUUGGGGACUACCUGCUGAGCUAUGGCAUCCUGACCAUGUCCAUUGCCCCCAGGGACAUACAUGAUGCGCAAGUACAGUUUGCCUUGGAGCGCGGAUUACCUGCGAUGAUUGGAGCGCUCGGCGCUCACAGGCUACCAUAUCCAUCAAGGUCCUUCGACAUGGUGCACUGCGCGGACUGCCAUGUUUCAUGGACUGCUCACGAUGGACGGUAUAUGCUGGAAAUAGACCGUCUUCUCAGACCUGGUGGGUACUGGGUUGUGUCUAGUGCGCCUAUCAGCUGGAAAGCGCCCAACAAGCACCUCAACUGGACAACCGUGAGCAUUGAUGGUGAGCAAUCAGCUAUGGAAGAUAUUGCAAAAAAGCUUUGUUGGAAAAAGGUGGCAAAUAAGGGCACCAUCACCGUUUGGAGAAAGCCUUCUAAUCAUCUCCACUGUGCCCAAGAAGCAAAUUUCUUGAGAUCACCACCACUCUGUACAGAAGACAACCCAGAUAGUGCUUGGUAUGUAAAUAUUUCGACUUGUAUAACUCAUCUUCCAAGAGUUGAACUUGUUAGUGAUAUUGCUGGUGGUGCUGUGGAGAGAUGGCCUCAAAGACUUGCUGCAGUGCCACCUAGGAUAGCCAAGGGGGAAAUUAAAGGGACGUCCAUUCAGGCAUACAAACAUGACAAUUCAAUUUGGAAGAGAAGAGUUGGACUAUACGGAAAAUAUUUGGAAGAUUUAUCUCAUAGGAGUUACAGAAAUGUCAUGGACAUGAAUGCUGGCUUUGGAGGCUUUGCUGCUGCUAUGUCAAAAUACCCUGUUUGGGUCAUGAAUGUGGUUCCUGCAAAUAUAACGGACAACACUCUCGGUAUCAUCUAUGAGCGUGGCCUGAUUGGAACAUACAUGGACUGGUGUGAGGCUUUCUCUACUUAUCCACGCACAUAUGAUCUGAUACAUGCUAAUGGAGUAUUCAGCUUGUAUAUUAACAAGUGUGGCCUCCUUGACAUACUGCUCGAGAUGGACCGCAUUCUCCGGCCAGGGGGCGCCGCGAUUAUUCGAGACGCAGCAAAUGUUGUUCUGGAAGUGAAGGAGGCUGCUGAUCGGCUGCAAUGGCGAAGCCUGGUUGUGGAUGCGGAGACUGAGACCUCCGAUCCUCAGAAGCUUCUCAUCGUGGACAAUUCUCUCCCACCACAAGGGAGCUAGAACAGAACCAACAAUAGCAUCAGUUAACAACAAUACAAUACCAUGAUAUUACCUGUACAGAUGAAGAGCCCAAGGUGAGGCUACACUUGCAGUUACAUGCACAGAUGUGCAAAUAACCAUAUCAGUGGCUGCUGCAUUGUCGCCAAUGUCAAUAAGCUUGGUGUUGAGUGUUCAGAUGCCACCAAGCUCGACUCUGCCACUCUGUAGAUAUAUUGAAUCGUGUAUUUUGCAUUAUUGCUGUGCGUCUUUUUGUGAGAGGUGCUGUAAAUAUAUGUGAGUGAGGAGUUGGUCACUGGUCAGAUCCGUUUUGAGCCUGCCGUGGCCUGCUCGCUAAGCAAUAGUACGUCUGUAAUUGUUUCAUUGAAAGAGCAGUGUCGGGAUUGAUUUCAUCAUGGGUAUAUGCAGCAGUCUACUUUUGUUA